AUGGACGUCAAUGAGUGUCAGAGCUCGCCGUGUCAGAACGGUGCCACCUGCUCCAACACGGUCGGCUCGUUCACCUGCACGUGCAGCGGCGACUAUACGGGCCCGCUCUGCCAGACCCGUCAGCAGGCGUGCGGGGGCGCACUGGACAGUCCCGGCGCCCUCUCCUUCCCACACACGGGCGUCACCUAUCCGCACGAGGUCAGCUGCGCCUGGCUGAUCCGCGCGCCGCCUGACAAGGUGCUCAACGUCACCUUCACGCGCUUCCAGCUGGAGCCCUCCAGUGGCAGCUGCCGCUACGACUGGCUCCAGAUCCAUGACGGCGUGAACAGCGCAGCGCCGCUGCUGGGGCGCUACUGUGGUCAGGACACACCGGGGGCCGGUUCCAUCGUCUCCUCGCACAACAGGCUCUACCUCUGGUUCCGCUCCGACCACAGCGUCACCGACAUCGGUUUCGCCAUGAAUUUCGAGUCCUCCGAUCCAGUAUGCGGCGGGGCGCUCGUCGACGAGUACGGCAGCAUCAACUCGCCCGGCUACCCGGGCCGCUACCCGCACAACCGCGACUGCGUCUGGACAGUGGCCGCGCCGCUCGGAAAGAGGCUUCGCUUCCAGUUUGCCGUGCUCAAGCUAGAGACGCACCCCAACUGCAGCUACGACUACUUGGAGGUGCGCGAUGGGUACUCGGAGACGGCGGACGUGCUGCAGCGGUACUGCAGCACGACCCUGCCGCGGCCGCUCACCACCUCCGGGCCGUUCGCCUGGCUCCGGCUGCACACGGACCAGAGCAGCGCCGACCAGGGCUUCCACAUCACCUACUCCCAGAUCCCAGGCAUACCGGGCUGCGGCGGCGAGCUGGCCGGCGAGCAGGGCACCCUCUCCACGCCCACGCACAUGCAGCGGUACCACCACAACAUGGACUGCGAGUGGAGGAUCCGCGUGCCGGGGAACGAACGCGUACAGCUGGUCUUCGAUAGCUUCGAACUGGAGGGCAGCUUCAACUGCAUCUUCGACUUUGUCGAGGUGCGGGACGGCCCUGACCCGGACAGCCCGCUGGUCGGCCGAUACUGCGGCCGCAACACGUUGCCGCCGCCCUUCGCCGCCUCCGGCAACGAGCUGUACGUCCGCUUCUACUCCGACUACAGCGUCUCCCACGGCGGCUUCUCGGCCACCUACGACGUCGUGUGUGGCGGCGUGUUCUUCAGCGAGUCCGGCGUACUCCGGUCGCCUAACUUCCCCGAGAACUACCCGCACGGAAAGCGAUGCGAGUACCUCAUCCGACAGGAGCCCGGCCGAGCCAUCAUUCUGCAGUUCCACGACUUCCUCAUGGAGAACAGCUUCGCCUGCUUCUUUGAUUACCUGGAGGUGUUUGAUGGCCGAGACUCCUCCUUCCCAUCGUUGGGGAAGUUCUGUAACGAGCCUCCGCCAACUCUGAUAUCUAGGCACAACUACAUGUACAUCCUGUUCGUCACCGACGGCAGCGUUCACAAUCGGGGAUUCCUGGCCAACUUCACUUCCAUUGACACAGAAUGUGGCGGGAUUCUGGUCGACCAACAAGGCACCAUUAACUCACCUACACACCCGGAGCAGUACCCAAACGGCAUUACGUGCAGUUGGGUAAUCCACCGACCUCCAGGGGAGAUCGUGCGGCUAACCUGGUUAUCGUUCUCGCUGGAGGCAGCGACUCGCACAGGCUCCUGUUACGACUCUGUGUCAGUGUAUGACAACAGCACGGCGGCGGCCGGCACCAACGGCGGCCUCAUCGGCAGACCGUACUGUGGCCAACGGCUGCCUCCCAUCAUGACCACGCUGGGAAACGUGAUGACGGUGAUAUUCACAUCUGACACUAGUAUAACCCAUGAUGGAUUUGCGGCCUCCUUCAUCGGUCUGAACGCGUCCACACUGUGUGGCGGGACGUACCACACUAUUUCCGGCGUGCUGACUUCCCCGAACUUCCCGGGACCCUACCCGCCCAGCAAGGAGUGCACCUGGAUCAUCGAGGCGCCGCAGAACCAACAGAUCAUGCUCAACGUCUCCCACUUCGACAUGGAGGAUCACUUCGAAUGCAACUAUGACUACUUGGAGAUCAGGAACGGCGGCUCGGCGACGGCGCCGCUGAUCGGCAAGUACUGCGGCACCAACAUGCCGCGUCAGAUCUCGUCGCACGCGCACCGGCUCUUCCUGCACUUCCGCUCGGACGGCUCACUGAGCGGCGCCGGCUUCCGCAUCUCCUGGGACGCCACGGCCACCGGCUGCGGCGGCCGACUGACCGGUCCCCGGGGCAGCAUAAUCUCGCCCAACUACCCGCAACCGUACGCCCACAUGGCCGUGUGCACUUGGGUCAUCGCUGGCAACGCCGGUAACAAAGUGCGCAUCUCCUUCCUGGACAUGGACAUCGAAGGCAGCGACACGUGCAACAUGGACUACGUGGCGGUAUACGAGGGAGCCGGCCCCUCCGCCGUGCUGAAGAAGCGGGCGUGUGGCUCCGACCAGCUGGACGUCGUCGAGUCCAAGACCAACAUCAUGACCGUCAAGUUUGUGACGGACUUCUCGGUCAGCGGCCGCGGGUUCCACGCGCGUUACGUGAUUGACUGCAACAACAUCGUGACGGGCAGCCACCGGGGCGUGAUCGAGUCGCCGAACUUCCCCGAGCCGUACCCGCACGACCGUGACUGCACCUGGACCAUCAUGGCUCCGCUUGGCAACACGCUGAACAUCUCCUUCUCCCACUUCGAUGUCGAAGACCCCAGCUCGUCCGGAUGCGAGUACGACUACAUAGAGAUCAAGGAGGGAGAGAAGAGCCAGGCGCCCACGCUAAUCGGCUCCCGGCUGUGCGGCCGCGACGGUCUGCCCGCCCCCAUCUCCACCGCCAAGAACAUGGCCUACGUCCACUUCAAGUCGGACGAAUCUGUGGCCCACAACGGCUUCAGGCUGGAGUGGUUUGUGCACGGCUGCGGCGGCCUGCUGACCAAGCGCAGGGGCACCCUCCAGUCUCCGAACUACCCGCAGCCCUACCCCAAGUGGACCCAGUGUGACUGGCAGAUCCGGGCCAGACCGGGCUACAGGGUCGAGCUGACCAUCGACUUCUUCGACAUCGAGUCGGCGCACAACUGCGCUUACGACUCUCUGAAGGUGUUCGGCGGACCGGACGACACGGCGCCAAUGCUCACCAACCUCUGCCACGCCCAGACCGCCCCGUCCACGGUGAUCUCGCAGGGCAACAACAUGCUGGUCCGCUUCUACAGCGACGGCUCCGUCUCCGGCCACGGCUUCCACGCCCGCUACCGGGUCCGCAGAGGAGGCUGUGGCGGGCGGUUCACGGCGGUGCGCGGCUCGAUUCACUCCCCGAACUACCCGCUGGUGUACGACAGCCACUCGGACUGCACGUGGCGGAUCAGCGUGCAGCGCCACCACACCGUGCAGCUCACGUUCGACGACUUCGACGUGGAGCCGCACACCAACUGCUCCUUCGACUACGUCGCCGUCCGGGACGGGUGGUCGCGACGCUCGCCGCUGCUGCUGAAGCACUGCGGCAACCGCGUGCCCGAGCCGCCCACCGUUACCUCCACCGGCAGCAGAAUGCUCGUCCGACUCAAGGCCGAUGGCUCCGUGGCCGCCAAGGGAUUCGUCGCUAACUACACCAUGGGUUGCGGCGGCACCAUCAACGUCACUUCCAUGGAUCACAUUUCGUCGCCGAACUUCCCGAUGACGCACAUGGGCAGCCUCAACUGCACCUGGAUCCUGCAAGCCCCCCGACCCGGCGACCACGUGUGGAUGCAGUUCAACGCGCUGAUGCUGCACAGCCAGCUGCCUUCUGCCAACUGUUCGUACGACUACCUGGAGGUGCGGGAGGGCACCGGCCCGGACGGACCCGUGCUGCACCGCUACUGCAGGUCACAGCUGCCGCCGGCGGUGACCUCGCGCGGCGGCGCACUUCGGCUCCGGCUGCAGGUGUCGGCCGGCGUCGGAGUCCUCUUCAGCGCCGGCUUCUCCAACGUCUCCACCGGCUGCGGCGGCCGCCUGGCUGCCGAGACUGGCCUGCUCGCCUCGCCCAGCUACCCCGACAGCUACCCCAACGACGUCGAAUGCUGGUGGAAAAUCUACGCCUCUGCGGGCAACGGCAUCCACCUCAGCUUCCGCACAUUCCAGAUCGCUGAGACAGACUUUUGCAACGGCGAUUAUCUAGAGGUGCGGGAGCGGACUACGGCGGGACGUCUGCUGGGUCACUUCUGUGGCUCGGAGGCCCCGACGAACGUCAGCUCAACCGGUUCAAUGAUGGUUCGGUUCCAUUCGAAUGAGGCAGGCACGGGGUCCGGCUUCCUGGCCGAAUUCGCCACAGCCCGCCGCAUGGACCUGUCGGGACCGUCCGGUGCGAUCGAGUCGCCACUGUUCCCCCUGCAGUACCUGCAGCGGAGCCAGUUCUCCUGGAGCAUCACAGUUAACAGCAGCCAGUAUAUCCAGAUCCGGUUUGUCAUGGUGCAGGCGGACCUGGACCCCAUCGACGGCGGAUGCCACAGCUACAUUCAGGUGUAUGACGGGCCGGACCGGUCGGCGCCGCCCCUGGGCGAGCCCGUCUGCGGCAUGGACCUACCCGAGCCACUCGUCUCCUCCUCCAACGAGGUGCUGGUCCACUUCGUCAACCGACCGCGCUACUCAGGCUCGCGCUUCAAGCUGCGCUGGCAGCAGCUGAGCCAGCGGCCUCCGCCCGGAGACGUUGCGCAGUCCGGGGCCGACUCCUGUGCGUACACGCUUUACCUGGCCGAGGGCAACCGUACCGACAUCACCUCGCCCAACUUCCCGGGCGGCUACAUGGGCAACCAGUUCUGCAGCUGGACCAUCAGCUCGGAUCCGCACAGGCGUGUUCAGCUGCGCGUCAACACCGUCGACCUCUUCAACUACUUCCAGUGCACCUCGGACAACAUCACCGUCUACGACGGUCACCAGGGGACCGCUAACUGGGUCCCGCUGGCAACACUCUGCCGCCGCUCUGAAGGCGGCACGACCCUGGCAGCUAGCGGGAGCCUGCUGAAGCUCGAGUUCGCCGCGAUGCCCUUCUACCGCCGUCACACGCAGGCCGGCUUCAACGUUACCGUCGAUACGGUGUGCGGCGGCUUCCUGACCGACCCGAACGGAGUGGUGAGCAGCCCCGGCUUCCCGGCACGACACGAGGGCAGGCUGACCUGCGAGUGGACGCUGCUCGUGAGACCCGGCCGCACCAUCCUGGCCGAGAUCACCGACCUCGACAUCCCCGGAGACUCGUCAUGUCCCAACGGAUACGUUGUGGUGAGACUGCUGGCAUUCCGCAGAGCCUGA